AUGAAUGUUUCCGGCAAGAUGGAAUCUGCAAUUCGGAGACGCCAUGGGACAGACAACGUCCGGGUAUUCAAGCCCCUCCUUCGCGCCUACGCGCUCGGGUACCUGUCAUCGGUCACCCCGAAACUGGUGUCUUACGUACGCCGACUGAGAAAUAAGGACUGGACAACCCAACAGAAACUCCAAGAGCUAGCAAAGGUCUUGACUGGUCCUUUCCGUAUCAACAGCUUUCCUACGUCCUGUGCUGUCCUGGUCGGCGGGUCAACGCUUCUACCUAUAGGGUUGUAUCGUCUGUGUGCGUUGAUAACAGCAGGGCUCUCCAGAAUUGACGUUCGAGUUUCUCAAAGGCUCGACCGCCUGAUUCGGUUUGUCGCCACUUUUCUAUCAGGGUGGUUCAGUUUCCAACUUCUCAACAAGAACCGAAUCUGCCUACCAAUCGAAGAUGUCAGAGCUAUCCGGGAAUCCGAAAAUCAGGGGAAAGACCCUAGCAAGGUCAUAGCCAAUCCACUAGAGCAUCACCGUCCGGAAUUGGCAGGGAGGACAAUGGAUCUGACCAUCUAUAUGGUCACAAGAGCCGUGGAUGCAGUCGCGUGUGUCGCAUGGAGUCGCUGGUCCCGUCACCGCCGGGCCCAGAACCGCUGGACUACUAUCGAGUCGAUGAUCCCUGGCAUCGCCGACGCAAGUGUUUUUGCCAUGAGCGCCGCUAUUGUCAUGUGGGCCUGGUUCUAUGUCCCGGAGAGACUGCCCAGGGCCUACGAGAAGUGGAUUGGAGAGGCUGCUCAAGUGGACUCACGCCUAAUCGAGGCCUUGCGUCGUGCCAGGCGAGGAGUCUUUGUAUACGGAAAGGAUACAGGCCAAGCCCCCCUUCUCGAGUCAAUGUGCAGAGACUACAACUGGCCAGAGGUGUGGGGAGAUCCAGCGAAAGUGAUUCCGAUUCCCUGCGAAAUGGUGCACAUGGGUUAUAGCACCAGUUGUGAGAAACAUGCAUUGUAUCGAUUCGCCAAAGCCUUCAAAUUCGCCUGUGCAACCUACAUACCCUUACAGGUUGUUUUCCGGCUCCGCAGGAUGAAAUCCGCAACCGCCAUCCGCCGGGUUCUCACCGAUGCCAGUCGGUCGUCUGCCUUCCUCGCAUCUUUCGUGAGCCUAUUCUACUACGGCGUCUGUCUCGCUCGGACACGACUUGGUCCCAAGAUCUUCGAUGCAAAAACGGUCACGCCGAUGAUGUGGGACUCGGGACUUUGCGUCGGCAUGGGAUGUCUCAUGUGUGGUUGGAGUGUAUUGGUUGAGAAGGCGCGGAAGAGGCAGGAGUUGGCGCUAUUUGUGGCACCACGGGCUGCCGCCACGGUUUUGCCACGGUUGUAUGAUAAAAAGUACCAAAUCCGAGAGCGCAUUGCAUUUGCUAUAAGCGCUGCUGUUCUUAUGACCUGCCUCCUCUAUCUCCAGAAGAGCGUCUUCGAGGUGGAGCGGAGGUACUUCUCGAGGAAUUUCCUGCUACACGAACAGCGCAAUUCAUCUGCAGCGCCUUUCAGUACCCCAGAAUCGCAAAAGCGAAAUACCUCUACAAUGUACUAUACCAUCAGCUUAAUCCUCGGAACGGUUGCACUCGCAUACGGAUCUGUCCCUUUGUACAAGAUGAUUUGCCAACAGACCGGCUGGGGUGGCCAGCCCAUCCUCACCCAUCGCACAGGCGACGGCGAUACUUCUGCACGCGUGACGCCAGUGACCGACUCUCGUCGCCUACGAAUUACCUUCAACGGCUCAGUAUCAGACGUGCUUCCUUGGAAGUUCACCCCUCAGCAGCGCGAGGUCCGCGUACUGCCCGGCGAAACCGCACUGGCAUUCUAUACCGCGACGAAUAAGGGCCCGAAUGAUAUCAUUGGAGUCGCAACAUACAGUGUGACGCCUGGUCAGGUUGCGCCGUACUUCAGCAAGAUUCAAUGCUUCUGCUUUGAGGAACAGAAGCUCAAUGCGGGGGAGACGGUCGAUAUGCCUGUUUUCUUCUUCAUCGAUCCCGACUUCGCAACUGAUCCUAAUAUGAGGGGUAUCGAUACCAUUACCCUGUCAUACACUUUCUUUAAAGCGAAAUAUGACGACAAUGGCGUUUUGAAGCCCAUCGCAUCAUAG